AACCAAAAUCUGGUCCGGCUACCUUUCUUAUCCUCAACCAACAAGCGCACGAUAGCAUAGACCCCUGCUUUAUCUCACGCUGCUUCGCUGCCCCCAAAAUUUUCAUCAUCACACCCUAUCUCUCUGCAGUCGUUUCCGAUCGAUCUCGGCGUUGUCGCAUUUGAUUUUUCCAAUCUUGAUCCCGGUUUAGCCGAUUUCAAGUCUGGUUGCUACAUUUCUUGUUGCCACCUCCAGUCUACCGAUUUGCUACUAAUUCCCAAUCCCUGAUGCUAUAAAAACUCUGGCACGCCUACUACUACAAUGGCGGGAGGUAAAAUUAAGAGAGAGAAGUUGCAGAGAGGAAGUGGUGCCACGGCAGCAUCGAACCCUCAUUUCCAGGGCGGAAUUCCCUUCCACAAGUCGAAGGGCCAGCACAUACUGAAAAACCCACUCUUGGUCGACUCAAUUAUUCAGAAAUCCGGCAUAAAAUCUACUGACGUUAUCCUUGAGAUUGGUCCCGGUACGGGCAAUCUCACGAAGAAGCUUCUUGAAGCGGGCAAAUCUGUUAUUGCUGUGGAGCUUGAUCCGCGUAUGGUGCUCGAGUUGCAGCGCCGUUUUCAGGGUACCCCCUAUUCUAGUCGAUUGAAGGUCAUACAAGGAGAUGUUCUGAAGUGUGAUCUUCCGUACUUUGAUAUUUGCGUGGCAAACAUACCAUACCAAAUUUCAUCCCCUCUUACUUUCAAAUUGUUAUCUCAUCGCCCCUUAUUCAGGUGUGCGGUAAUUAUGUUCCAAAGAGAAUUCGCCAUGAGGCUUGUUGCUCAACCUGGUGAUACCCUGUAUUGUCGUCUUUCUGUCAAUACUCAACUACUGGCUCGUGUUAACCAUUUGCUGAAAGUGGGAAGGAACAACUUCAGGCCUCCGCCCAAGGUUGACUCCUCUGUGGUCAGAAUCGAACCAAGGAAACCACUUCCUCCGAUGAAUUUUAAGGAGUGGGACGGCUUAGUUCGAAUUUGCUUCAACCGGAAAAAUAAAACUUUGGGUUCUCUAUUUAGACAAAAGACUGUCCUUUCAUUGCUAGAGAAGAACUACAAAACCUUGCAAGCAUUACAGCUCACAUCUGAAGAGUUUUCAGACGACAAAGAAAUGGCAAUGUGUGUAUCUGCUUUAGGUGAUACUCUUGGGGACCUGAGCAUGGAUGCUGAUGAAGGUAAAGAUGAUGAUGAGGAUAUGGAGAUGGAUGAUGGGGAGACAAAGGCCUCUAACUUUAAAGACAAAGUUUUGAGUGUACUUAAACUAGGAGGUUUUGAAGAAAAAAGAGCCUCCAAACUCACUCAAGCAGAUUUUAUGCACCUGCUGUCCUUAUUUAAUAAGGCUGGAAUUCAUUUUUCUUAAUAACAGCAACAAUUUUGUCCCAGUUUUGUCUUCUACUCUUCUAUUUUCCAUCAUGCAUCUAUGAAUAUGGUUUGCUGUUAUUUUUC